CUACGCGCGAAUCUAACCGCCGCGACACGGACUAUACGUCAUCAAGAAAUCACCUUCAUCCCAAGCUUUUCCGACCCAAAGCGCGCGCGCGAAAGAGAGAACGAUGCCCCUCCUUCCUCGCCAAACCACCACGAACGGCGUUGUCGUGGUCCCCGCCACGUACGGCGGCUGGUCGAGCCUCGGCGCCGGCGCGAUCGUGGGCAUCACCCUUGGCGCCGUCGCAGGGUUCCUGCUCGUGCUGUGGAUGGUUUACACCUGUCUCAACUUUGGCCGACCCGUCGAGGCCUCGUCUUCGUCGGUGUACACGGGUACCGCGUCGGUCGUCUCUGUGCGGCGGCAGCGGUCCAAGAGCCGGCAUCGGCAUCGUAAACAUCGGAGCCCGCGGGCGAGGGUGAUUGCGACGGAGGAGGUGCGGGUUAGGGAGAGCGUGAGCCGGCCGCCGGCACCGGGCGGUCCGAUUAUUGUUGAGGCGGCGCCGCCGCCGCCGAUGCAGGAGCGGAGACACAGUCGGGCUCCGCCGCCAAGGAUCGUGACGGAUGAUGAGGAAGACGAGGUUGUGGUGAUUGAGGAGCAUUCGCCGUCGGAUAGGAGGAGACGGCGUCAUAGUAGCUCACGGCGGCACAGUCACCGGGGAGAGAGCCGGCGUGGAAGCCGGGACUACUGAGUUUUUGGCCUACCUACCUACCCAGCGCCCAAAAUCGCGUUGUUCUUUUUUUUUUUUUCCUUUCUAGCGAAUGGAUUAUUGUUGGGACCUUUUUGGUAAUAGGUUCUA